UCUAGCAAUAAACAGUAACUAAUGAAGCUGCUUUAUCCCAAGAAAAACCAAUUCAUCUUCCCCAUUCUUCUUCCCCGAAAAAUACCACCAUCAACUACAUGGAGUAUAUAUAUAAAACAAAAGAGCAUAACAUCCAUUCUCAAUUUUCCAGAAAUUGGUGGUGUUUCUGGAUCGAAUCUAGAGUUCUUAAAUGCUCGAUUUUGAUUUGAAUGAACCUUAGAUUGAAGAAGAAAAUAAUGAUGAUGAACCUUUUAUUGGUCAAACCUUUGAGACCCAAGAAGAGGCAUACUUCUUUUAUAACAAGUAUGCAAAAACACAUGGUUUUUUUAUUCGCAAAGAUCGCUCAGACACUAAACAUGGGAGGACUAUCAGACGCGAUUUUUACUGCCAUCAAGUAGGAAAAAAACCUUUUAAGGUUGUUGACUUGUCUAAGUCUCAAAGAAACAAAAUAUCAUCCAGAUGUGAUUGCAAGGCUCAUAUGCGCAUUACAUUGAGAAGAAGUUUCCAUAUAUUUCCACAAGAAUGGCAUGUCACUAAAUUUUCCAAGCAGCACAAUCAUGAGAUGUUGCCACUUGAAGCGAUGCGUUUUCUCCCAGCAAAUAGAAAUAUAAGUCCCGAAGAUGAGAAGCAAAUAUUGUUGUUUAAGGAAGCGGGACUAUCGGUUAGACAAAUAAUACGGGUCUUGGAGCUAGAAAAAAAUUGGACAUGGUGAACUGCCAUUUAUUGAGAAAGAUGUUCGAAAUCUAUUUGGUAAAGUUAAGAGGUUGCUUGGAGUCGAUGAUGUGAAAAAUAUUUUAGAGUAUUUGAAACUGGAAAAUGAGGAGAAUAAAAAGUUUCAAUAUUCUUUCACAAUGGAUGAAGAAAGGAGGUUAGAAAAUAUAUUUUGGUGCUCGGCUCAAAGUUUUGAUUGGUAUCAAAAGUACGGUGAUGUAGUCGUGUUCGAUACCACCUACAAAGUUAAUGCAUAUGACAUGCCUUGUGGAAGUUUUGUUGGGGUUGACAAUCAUGGAAAGAUUAUUUUGUUUGGGUGUGCUCUACUCCGAAAUGAGACGACUGCUACCUUUUCAUGGUUAAUGAAGAAUUUUGUUGCUAUAAUGAAGAGUGCCCCAAAGACCAUCAUCAUUGAUCAAGAUCCUUGGAUGUCUAAAGCAAUUGCAUCUGAAAUGCUAACUACAAAACAUAGUUAUUGUAUAUGGCAUAUCACAUCAAAAUUCAGUUGUUGGUUUGCAACACUUUUGCGAGAGGAUUAUCAAAAAUGGUGUUCUAACUUUUACAAAUUGUAUAAGCUGACUCUACCGGAAGAGUUUGAACAUACUUGGAGUGUGAUUAUUGCAAAGUAUAACUUGCAAGAGAAUAAACAUGUUAAAGGUUUGUACAAUGUGAGAUAUUUUUGGGCACCGGCUUAUCUUAGAGAUUACUUUUCCGGAGGCAUGAUAACCACCGGAAGAUCAGAGAGCAUAUAAACGCUUUCAUUAAGAGAUUUGUUUCCUCUCAUGUAACUUUGUCAGACUUUGUGAAACAGGGUAGUAUUCUUCUUCUCUAAACUACGUUUUUUAUGGAUAAAACUAUAGUUACAACUUAUUGUUUUAUAUUUUCAGGUGGUCCUUGCUGUUCAAGAAAUUUUUCAAGGACACUCACAUAGCAAUAUGGUCGCUACUCUUAGAAUACUGUGAAAACAAAGUCACCCUUGGAAGGCCAAGCUUUUGAAGUCUUCACUCCAUUUGCUUUCAAAAUGUUUCAAGAUGAAUUUAUUAGAGCAAAUCAAUAUUCUAUUAUUCAAGUGGAAGGUAGCGCAUACAUCAUAAGAUUUUUUGAAGGUGAAAAAGGCAUGAACCGUAGAGUUUUAUGGGAUGGAACAACAAUUUCAUGCAGUUGAAAAAAUUUCGAAUUUUGGGGUAUACUUUAUCGUCAUAUAUUUCGGGUGUUGUUGCAUAAUGAUUGUUUCCAGAUCCCUUCCUCCUGCCUACCUCUACGAUGGCAUUGUGAUAGAUUGCAAAUAACUAUGAAUAAUCAAGAGGUAAUAAGGGAAGACAUAAUAUUGGAAGAAGAAUUUGAUACUAUACACAAUGACAUUAGAGUUAGUGGAGAUGAUGUAUUGUGUCCGCCCAAGUCCAAAACAAAGGGACGUCCACCAAAGAAGCGUGAACAAGGUGGAAAAGAAUUGGGAAAGAAGAAAAUUAAGCAUUCUUCAAUAUGCAAACAACCCGGUCAUACUAAACCAACAUGUCCUAAUAAAGAGAAUAUAUUUUCUUUGAAUGAUAUGAGAGAAGAUGCUUCAUCUACAUCACAAAAGAGAUAAAAGACAAUGGCAGUUGAUCUAGGAUUAAAUCUUAUCUUUACUUUGAAGUACUAGGUAAUGUUUCAUUUAUGUUUCAAAUUUUCAGAUUUUAAUUUACCUCUUCUGUAGUCAAUAUUUUUUUGUUGCAGGUAUUUGGAAUCUAGAGAGGAUGAUAUGUCUUCGAUAAUUUUGAACUACAAGAAUAUAAGACUAGAUGAUGGGAGAUGAUGAUUUCUAAGUAGUGCUCUGCUAGUUUUGAUCUGUUGAGUUCUUAUUUUUUUGACCUCUUUCAUGUUUUAGGGAACGUGAUUUAGAAAAAUGGCAUACUCUAUAAAAUUUUUCAAAGAAACUCAGGGCUUUUGGGUUUUACUUUUGCAUGAAGGAAUAUGAAUGUGUAUGUGCUGGAGUUCAAGAAUGAAAAUUAUAUUUUAUCCCCUUUAAUAUGGUAUUAUUAUUUGAGUCAUA